ACAUGGCUGCCGCGAGUGAGGCAAAAACAAAACACCGAUGAUUUUGGGGCUAAUUCUCAUCUAUUUGGACUAAAAACCUCAACAUGUCGGAGUCUGUAGAAACCACAACUAUGGAGGAGCGACAGGAGCGGCUGCGGGAGCUGACGGAGUUCACAGAGAACUGUAAAGACAAACUGAACCAUAUAUUAGAGAGGCUGGGAUGGUCGCUGGACUACAAACAGGAGCUGAUGGAGCAGUGCCCGUACGACUCCCACCACAGAGUCCCAGCGAGGAGCCUGGAGAAACACAAAGCCUCCUGCAGCCUCCGGAAGAUGGGCUACUCCGCAGAGGAAGAGGCGGAGAUGUUGGACCCUUCUGUGUGUUAUGAGAACUCCACGGUCAGAAGCUUCACCAUGGACAAAUCUUCCCAGCAGCAGGUGAUCCUGCAGGCCAGGUCUGCUGCUCCGCUCAUGAGGAUGGAAGGAGUCUUCUGGCAAGGUCAGUACUCCGGGCAGCCUGUGGACGUUCCUCAGAAUCACAAGCGUGCGGUGUGCGACCUCACGGUGGCCGACAGGCUGGCUCUGUACGAUCACGUGGUGCUGAGCCAGCAGAAGGAAGACGCCUCCAACAACGAGGACCUCUACGUAGACCUGGUGUCCAAACUCCAGAAGGAUGACGAUCAGAAUGAACCAAAGACUCACCUGGAGCUGAUGGCAGAGAUGAGAGACUACAAGAGGCGGCGUCAGUCUUACCGAGCCAAGAACGUCCACAUCACCAAGAAGUCCUACACCGAGGUGAUCAGAGAGGUGAUCAGCGUCCACUCACAGGAGCUCACCAGACAGUGGAGAGAAGAGGAAGGCGAGUCGGCCAGAUCUGAACCCGCCUCCCACAGGCGUCGGCCGGAUGAAAAACGUUCGGCUUCAUCGGAGUCUCGGCUCAGCAGACGCCAUCGCAGCCGAGAGCGAAGCCACGACAGAGAGAGCAAGAAGAAGAGGAAGAAGAGGGAGAGGGAUUCCCGCUCCCCCGACGGCCACCACCACGACCGAAAGAAGAAGAAAAAGAAGAAGAAAGACGAGAAGGAGAAGUGAUAGUGCAGGGUCAGGAGUCAAAGGUCAACGUAGCGUACAGGUCGAACAGGUCGCGUGGUUUAAAGAGGCCCUAUUCUGCAUUUCCAGGUUCAUAUCAGUAUGUAGCGUCUCUACUGGGACAUGUUUAAAUGCUUUAAUGUUCAAAAAGCUCUUUUCACCCUCCGUCUGAAACCAGAGCCCAGUCUGCUCUGAUUGGUCAGCUGGCCGGCUCUGUACUUCAGAAGUAAACAAGAGACCAAUUGAGUGUUGCAGAAACAAGUCCUUACACCCUAAAUUAACUUUUUACUACUUCCUGUUCCCUCGUCUCGAACCAAUGUUUGUUUGAACGUGUUUUUGUUCAGAUCCCUGGAAAUAAGGUCUGUGGGUAACACACCUGAAGAGAUUUCACUUUGUUCUACGACAUUAAAUACCCCACUCAUGAAAGUCAGCAGCUUCUAUGUGUGAUCAAAUAACAAGGGACUGAAAGUCACUAGAAAACUUAAUUUUGUCGACAUGAGUCCGCCUUUAGUUUGUUUAUAGCCUAACGUUAGCUUUGUACUUCUGGCCGUUGCAUCUAGGCUUCUGAAAGCACAAAGUACCGCCCAUGUGAGGACGUUAUCCUGCUGAGUAUAUACGCUGUUAAGUAUCAUGAAUGUGUGUUAACCACAGAGCUUAUGUUCCAAUGUGGAAACCCAUUGAUUUUGGUCGAGGAACCCCUUUGUGAUGCUACCUUUAGGGUCAGCAUACAAAGUCAUCGGGGGGGGGACGGGACACAUAGAUUUACAUGCAGAGAAAUGUAUAUACCACACUACAGGGAAGAGAAACCCCCCAAAAAAGAAGAAAAUGCGGCCCCUUUAACUUUUGAAAUUCAAUACGAGGAUUUUGGGAAUAAUAAAGUUUUCGGGACAUCAACGUUUUGAGCUUUUUAUCCGCUAACAAACAGAAUCCAUCUUGUUUUAAUACUUGCUCCUCAAUUCCAGUGUUCACAGAGUUAUUACAUGAACACCAACAGGCCCCGCCCUCCUCUCUUUUGAUUGGAUGAGAGUACCACUGCAGACGAGAGGAAUUUAGGACUUGGGUGUCAUAGCUGACACACGUCUAACCCGGGGUCAAAGGUCACGCUUCGUUUGUGCUUCGAGCGUUGACUCAAGGUUUCACCGAGGAGAGUCUUUGAAUCAGAAAUUUGGGUUUCAGAGGUUUUGAAAAUAUGAAUGUUUUAAUAAUACAUGAUGUUUGAUUCCUUUAUGGUAUGCUGAAGUUCCUCGCUAUUCUCUUCUGUACAGUUUGUGAACGUAUGUGAGUUUUGUUUUUCAGUUUUCACGUGCAGUCCUCUCAAAAAUUAGCUCGGUAACUGAUGGUUAUUUUUAUAAUUUAUUUUUUGGGAGAAAUCAUCAAAGAUAUUCUGUUUACAGGUUUGUUAUGAACAGUAAAAGCUGCAGAUGUUAUCAUUUUAGGAGUUUGAACCAUCAAAUGUUAUUCGUUUAAGCUUCAAAAAUCACUUUAAAGUUAUUCAAAAAAGCUCCUAUUUAAAUGUGUGUCUAUCUAUCGAUGUGUUUAAGCGUCUUCAAAUAACAAGCUGGUUGCAUUAUCAUGAUUCUAAAUGGGUUUCUGAUGUGUAGAAAUUGCAACCAGUGAGAAAAGGCAAAGGAAUCGAUGUACUAAUACUAAGUAAGAGUACUGCAUUGAGAAUGAUAUGUUGCAGUAUACAAGUCUUGGCAUCAAGUUAUACUUAAAUGACCAAAAGUGGAAGCACUAGUUGUCCCUCAGACCCAUUUCAGAACGGUAUAUAUGGAGUUACUGGAUGAGAGGUGGAAGAAGUACUCGGCUUAUAGUCUUUUAAUAACGCCAAUAUUUUCAUUUUCAGUCUUUAUUUCGAACAGAUUAAAAAAUAACAAAUGUGAAAAACAGAAUACCGUAUUGUUAUAAUAAAGUAUUUAUCCACA